AUGGAGCAGCUGAAGAAAACCCAAGAACAGACGAUGGCCAAGACACCAAGCCCAUUCGGUGCACUUGGCACACCAAAUGCGGCACCACACAUGCCGGCCUUCCUGCGCCGGAGACCAACGGCCCCAAUUGGUCACUCCACCAAGGCGCUCGGGUCCGCACAAUGUCUCGGAAUGUGGCGGCACCUUGAGACUCUUCAACGGGGGCUUCGUGACACCUUUCUCUCCCUCUACCCCUAUGCCCCGAACAGCUACUACAAGUCGACCUUCACGACCAACACAAUAUGUGCUUCGGCCUAUCAAGACGCAGAGGGUACGGUGGAUGCUAUGGUGGGCCCGGCUACGGCCCCCGCCCGGUCAUGGUGCAGAACCAUCACCACGGCCACCACGGCGGCGGAAUGCUGGGCGGACCUCGGCCAUGCGGCCCUCGCCCCGGCUUCGGCGGCGGCUACGGCGGCUACGGCAGACAUGGGUACGGCGGCGGCAUGGGAGGAGGUUGGGGAGGACGCAGAGGUCGCUGGUAGACCCGGGUGCGAACGAUGA